ACCAAUCAGGAAUGCAGGAAUUCUGAUCCGCCAGGAGGGGGGCGAGGGGGCUGGGCUAACCCCCCCACGGACUAAAAGACCAGUCUCCCGCAUGAAACCUAGAGAAACCUUUGUCUGUUUGCAAAAACACGCCUGCAGAUUACCAGCGAGAGAGAGCGAGAGUCUGCUCUACAGCAGCAGCAGAACAGGAGGAAAAAACAAAGAAGAGUCUUAUGAUGAAGCUGGUUUCGUCUCUUCUCUUCAGCCUGGCUCUGCAUGCAGCUAUUUCUCAAGAAGCCUCAGAAAGUGACACCUACACGGAAUGCACAGAUGGAUACCAGUGGGAUUCUCAGACGCAGCACUGUAAAGAUAUCAACGAGUGUGAGACGAUCCCAGGCGCCUGCAAGGGGGAGAUGAAGUGCUUCAAUCACUACGGGGGGUACCUGUGCCUGCCCCGCUCCGCCUCUGUCAUCGCUAACAACGAGGUGAGCGGCGGCCCCAGUAGCGAUUGUUGCCUAACAACGCCGCCGGCCCGGAGAUCUACCCCACGGGGGUCUCUCUCUCUCUCUCUCUCUCUCUCUCUCUCUCUUUCUCUCUCUCUAACGACUGUCUCGUUUCUCUCCAUUCCUUCCCCAGACAUCGAUGAGUGUGAACGGGAUUUGCACGACUGCCAGCCGAGCCAGCAGUGCGCGAACACGCCCGGGGCGUUCACCUGCACCUGCCCGGCCGGCUACCGCAAGGUCGGCACGGAGUGCAUCGAGGUUACACACCUCCCUCCUGGUUUCACCGACGCUCCCUCCUCUGCUUUGUCUCCAGACGUCAACGAAUGUGACAUGGGCGCCCCCUGCCAGCAGCGCUGUUAUAACACCUACGGGACUUUCAUCUGCCGCUGUGACCAGGGCUACGAGCUGGGGCAGGAUGGCUUUGCCUGCAAUGAUAUUGAUGAGUGCAGCUACUCCAGCUACCUGUGCCAGUAUCGAUGUCAGAAUGAGCCAGGGCGGUUCUCCUGUGUCUGCCCGGAAGGGUACCAGCUGCUGGGCACGCGGCUGUGCCAAGAUAUCAAUGAAUGUGAGACAGGAUCUCACCAGUGCACUGAAUCUCAGACCUGCAUCAACAUCCACGGGGGAUACCAGUGUGUGGAGAACAACCGCUGCCAGGAGCCCUACGUCCAGGUCGCUGACAACCGCUGCGUGUGUCCUGUCAGCAAGCCGUCCUGCCGGGAGCUCCCCUUCUCCAUCGUCCAUCGAUACAUGAGCAUCACCUCGGACCGGACCGUCCCGUCCGACAUCUUCCAGAUUCAGGCCACCAGUGUCUAUCCCGGAGCCUACAACACCUUCCGAAUUCGGUCUGGAGAUGAGGAAGGAGAAUUCUACAUCCGGCAAAUUAACAACAUCAGCGCCAUGCUGGUUCUGUCCCGGCCCGUGACUGGACCCAGAGAGUACGUCCUGGACCUGGAGAUGGUGUCAGUCAACCCGCUGAUGAGCUACCAGACCAGCUCUGUCCUGAGGCUCUCCGUCCACGUGGGACCACACUCCUUCUAGACUGCCCUCUCUGCGCCAAGGAACUAGGGGGGUGGGAGGGGCAAACUUCACAGAGCAAAUCCGCAUCUGCACAGAGGGGGUGGAGUGGGGGGGAGGGGGUCCGGAUAGUGAAUUAAGAACACCUGCCAUAGCACUGUCAUCCUGCGAGGCUGCAAAGUGGUUAGAAUUGUUCCUGGUCAAACGUCCAGGCAUUUGGAAUGCAAAAAUCAAUUUGCAAUCUUUCGUGUCAGUAAUAAUAUAUACAAGCUCUCAAGUGUCAGGAUCAAUAAAUAUAGGAAACUAACUCGAGCAGACAGAGGCGGGGUAGUGUCGCCUUCCGCGUGCGCAGACACCUGUCUUUAUUUUAAUAAGCGCCACCUAAUGGACAGUUGGUGUAUUGCAAGCAAAAAAAUAAUUAAUGAAAAGUUAGUUCCGAAGUGUACGUUGAUGUAGGCGCGGUUUUUAUCUGCUUGACUUUAGUCUCUUGUAGUUCCAGAAACGCUCAAAGGAAACGUCAUAAGUUUUUAAUGCCAAAUGUUUCGACCUAGAAGUCUUUCCUCAGCCUCUUCCAUUGAUUCGCGUUAAAAGUGAGGUUCGAAAAAAAUCAAAAAGCCACACCAAUUAAUAACAGAUUUUUCUUUUUUGUUUGGUUUUGUUUAUCGUAAUAACUUAUUAUAAACCAUCUUUAGUUAAAAAGAACAAGACAAAAAAAAGCUGGCUGUAUUUAUUUUAACAAUUAAAAAAAAAAAAAACAUUUUUGACUAACUUUUAAUAUUUAGCUACUGUGUAUUAUCGAACAAAGUGAAAAAAUGCUGUCGAGAUUGUCGUCCCUUGAAACGUGAUCUCGUCGCUAAUGGUACUCCGAGAUCCUGGGAAUUAUUAUUAUUAUUAUUAUUAUUAUUAUUAUUAUUAUUAUUAUUAUUAUUAUUAUGAAUA